AUGAUCGUUGAGGAUUUGUUGGUAGUGUUCCGCAUGGAUCAGCGGCGAAGGAUAGUCCUCGAACACAAUAUGGACAUCCUUGAAGAGAAAGGGGAGCCGAUAGAUAUGGAUCAGCUAUUAGCCACUGUCCAAGAACUGGACUCGUCUUCCGCCACCCAGAUCAUGAACCUUGUUCGGAAUCAAGCGCCGUUGGAUGAGAUUAAGAUGCAGAUUGAGGGUCUGCUAGAGCGCGGAGCACUUGAAAGAUCGGAACAGUUGAUUGAGGUUUGCAACGAGGUUCAACGACUGUACGAAUCCGAUGAUAAGGCCCAGCGCCGUGAGAAUGUCGCGGAAAACAAGGACUAUGUACCCAUCUCCCUUCUUCCAAGUUUAUCUGAUUGCAUCUGUACUUGA